AUGAGUGGCCCGAAGGGAGGCUCAUUGACUGUGCAGUGUCACUAUGACUCAGGGUGGGAGAACCACUACAAGUGGUGGUGUCGAGGGGCUGUUUGGAGCACCUGCAAAAUCCUUGUUAGAACUACUGGAUCAGAGCUGGAGGUGAAGAAGGACCGCAUUUCCAUCAAGGACAAUCACACAGACCUCAUGUUCACUGUGAUCAUGGAGAAGCUCAGGGAAGACGAUGCAGAUGUUUACUGGUGUGGGAUUGAGAGAUUUGGAACUGACUGCGGAGUCGAGGUUAAAGUGUCAGUCAGCCCAGCACCAGCCACCCCAGAAGAGAUCACAGGCUCUAUGACCAGCUACCUCUCUGAUGACAGGCGUAAGACCAAUAUGCUCAGAAUCCUUCUUCCCCUCGUCUUUGCUGUGUUUCUGCUUCUCUUGGUGGUGGCCUCACUCGUGGCCUGGAGAAUGAUGAAGCAACAGAAGAAAGCUUCUGGGACAUCCUCAGAGCAGGUGCUCCAGCCCCUGGAGGGUGACCUUUGCUAUGCAAACUUGGCCCUGAAUCAUACUGGUCCUCUCUCGGCCUCCUCCCAGAAAAAGGACUCCAGGAAGUCCGCCUCCUCUGUUCGGGCCAACCAGGUGGAAGUGGAGUACGUCAUCAUGGAACUGACCUACAGUAACACGGGCCACCUCGUGGCCGACAUUCCUAUGGGGAGCCACGAGGAGCCCAUAGAAUACAGCACCAUCAGGAAGCCUUAG